GUUGUCGCCGGAGGGAAUGGAGGCGGUUGGAGGAACGUUGGCGGAUGCAUCAUCAUCGGUGCGAUCGUGAGCCAUGAGACGACCCUUUCGUUCAGCGUUGGCUGGUUGACAGUGACAGUCGCAGUCGCAGGCAGCAGCCAUUUCUCUGCUGCAGCUCCCUCUACAGCACCAUGAAGUCUAUGACCAGCAUUGCAAAGCACCCCACCAUUGCACUGCUAAAAUCACACACCACACCCCAACAACUGAAGCAAAUACACUCCCAGUUGGUUGUUAAUGGCAUCCUCAACCACCCUCAUUUCCAUGGCCAAUUCGUUGCCACCAUAGCCUUACAAAACGAAGCCAACCUUCACUAUGCCAACCAGGUCCUCCACCACCAAUGUCACACCCCUAACCUCUUCACCCUCAACUCCAUGAUCAGGGCCUACUCCAAAAGCUCCACUCCACACAAAAGCUUCAGUUUCUACACUCAAAUUCUCCACUCCCCCAACAACCUAUCCCCUGACAACUACACCUUCAACUUCCUGGUUCGCUCUUGUGCACAGCUUCAGCUGCGGGAAACUGCUUUGUCUGUUCAUGGUGCUCUCAUAAAGCACGGGUUUGAGCAUGACCCACAUGUGCAAACUGGAUUGAUUUUCAUGUAUGCUGAAUUGGGUUGUCUCAGUUCAUGCCAUGGAGUGUUUGAAAGUGUUUCUGAGUCAGAUUUGGUUUGCCAAACUGCCAUGUUACACGCUUGUGCUAAAUGUGGUGAUAUUGACUCUGCAAGGAAGAUGUUCGACGAAAUGCCUCAGCGAGAUCAUAUUGUGUGGAAUGCGAUGAUUGCAGGGUAUGCACAUUGGGGAAGGUCAAGGGAUGCUUUGAAUUUGUUCCAUUUGAUGCAAAUGGAGGGUGUUAAACUUAAUGAGGUGUCCAUGGUUUUGAUCUUGUCUGCGUGCAGCCAUAUGGGGGCGUUGGAUCAGGGAAGAUGGGCUCAUGCGUAUGUGGAGAGGUACAAAUUUAGGAUGACGGUGACGCUAGGAACUGCGAUAAUCGACAUGUAUGCGAAAUGUGGGAACAUUGAUAAGGCCAUGGAUGUUUUUUGGGGAAUGAAGGAAAAGAAUGUUUACACUUGGAGUAGUGUCAUUGGUGGGUUGGCACUGAAUGGUCUUGGCAGGGAGAGUCUAGAUCUUUUUUCCCUUAUGAAACAAGAUGGAGUUCAGCCAAACGAAGUGACCUUCAUUUCUGUUCUAAGAGGGUGCUGUGUAGUUGGACUGGUGGAGGAAGGCCAAAAGCAUUUUGAUUCCAUGAGGAAUUUGUAUGGGAUUGACCCUCAACUUGAGCAUUAUGGCUUAAUGGUUGAUUUGUUUGGUCGAGCAGGGCGUGUUGAGGAUGCUUUAAACUUCAUCAAUAGCAUGCCUAUGAAACCUCAUGUUGGUGCAUGGAGUGCUUUGCUUCAUGCUUGUAGAAAGUAUAAAAACAGGGAACUGGGUGAGCUUGCACUGAAAAGGAUAGUGGAAUUAGAGGACAAGAAUGAUGGUGCUUAUGUUCUUUUAUCUAAUAUAUAUGCUGAUUAUAAGAAUUGGGAAAAGGUUAGUAGUUUGCGGCAGACCAUGAAAGCUAAAGGAGUGAAGAAACUCCCCGGUUGCAGUGUCAUAGAAGUUGAUGGUGAAGUUCACGAGUUCAUUGUUGGGGACAAGUCUCACCCAAGAUAUGAUGAGAUUGAAUUAAAACUAGAAGAGAUCUAUAGGAGUCUUAGAUUGGCAGGGUAUGUACCUAACACAAACCCUGUGCUUUUUGAUAUAGAGGAAGAGGAGAAAGAGGGUGCUGUGGGUAAACAUAGUGAGAAAGUAGCAAUUGCCUUUGGUUUAAUUAGUUCGAAAGUUGUUCCCAUUAGGGUUGUUAUGAACCUAAGAAUUUGCUGGGAUUGCCAUGAUGUGGCAAAACUGGUGUCCAAAUUUUUUAACAGACAAAUUAUUAUCCGAGACCGAAACAGGUUUCAUCAUUUUAAGGACGGCGAAUGCUCCUGUAAAGAUUAUUGGUAAUGAAUCAAA